AAUGAUAUUGCCUGAAAAGGUACUUUAGAAAGCUAAAUCAGAAUUAAAGAAUUGGAAUUAAACUUCUUUAAGUGUUUUAGAAAUGAGUCAUAGAUCACCAGAAUAUCUAUCAAUCCAUAAUAAAUUGUUGAAUGAUUUAAGACUACUAUUUAAUAUUCCUAAUAAUUAUCAAGUAAUCUUAAUGUAAGGAGGAGCCACUUUGUAAUAUUCUGCUAUACCAUUGAAUUUAUUAAAUAAACAUGAAACUGCUGGAUAUAUAAUUACUGGAAAAUAUAGUUAAUAAGCUUACGAUGAAGCUAAAAAAUUUUGUAAUCCUAAAAUUAUUUCUCUUGGAGAAGUUCCUCAUUAAGAUAUUACUUAUUUAUUUUAUGUAGAUAAUGAAAUGAAUGAAGGAAUUUAAAUCAAUUAGCUUCCUCCUUAUUGUGAUAAUAAAAUAGUUGUUUGUGAUAUGACAUCAAGCUUAGGAACUAAAAUUAUAAAUGUUGAAAAAUAUGGAUGCAUUUUUGCAUCAUUAUAAUAUAAUUUAGGAAUUCCUGGGUUGUGUAUUGUUAUAAUUAAGGAUGAAUUAAUUGGAAAAAGUGAUAGGACCAUUCCAUCUAUGGCUGACUAUCAAAUUAUGAAAAUUAAUAAUAGUAUAUAUAAUACUAUACCAUGUUAUAAUGUUUAUAUAACAGGAUUGAUAAUUGAAUACCUAUUAUAAAUUGGUUUAGAAUAGAUUGAAUAAGAAUAACUCAAAAAAUCAAAAUUUAUAUAUGAUUUUAUUGAUUAAAAUUCAGAAUUAUUCACUUAAAAUUGUUGCAAUAAAAAUUAAAGAAGCAAUAAUUCUAUUGUCUUUUAUUCAAAACACUGUAUCAACAAUUAAUUACCUUCUGAAAUUUUAAUUAUUGAGAAAAAUAAAAUAAUUAUCUAAGUUACCAUUCAUACUACAAUAUAAUAAUUAGAAUAAAUUUGUUAAUUAUUGAUUUUGUGA